CAGGUUUGCGCACAUCCAAAAACCAGAAACCAGUAACCAGAAACCAGGAACCAGAAACCAGGAAUCUGAAACCUGGAAUCAGAAUUCAGAAUUCAGAGACCGGAAAGCAGGACAAACAGCGCCCUCGCUCCACAAAACCACUUUCGCACGGGUCAAGCGAAAGCGCUAAUUGAAUUGCAGUCGGCGCCGUAAAUUCACUUACAAACGCUAUUCCAUGUGAAAAAAUUGAAUAAAACAGCCCACUUUCUCUGAAUUCGAAAUACAAUUUAAAAACCUUGGCCACAGUUUCCGGGUUGUGAACAAUAAAACGCAAAAAUCGUGCAGAAAUUGACUCAGUGAUGGCCCACACGAAGACGCGGAGGACGUACGGCUUCCUGCUGGUGCUCCUGAUCCUGGGCAGCGCCUGCGGCAGCUUGGUGGCCAACGGAGGAGCGGCCAGUGCCGCCUCCAACGAGCCGGGCGGCGGGGGCCUCUCCGAGCAGGUGGUGCUGGACCAGCUUAGCGAGGGCGACCUGUACGGCAACAGCAAGCGCGCCUGGCAGUCGCUGCAGAGCUCCUGGGGCAAGCGGUCGUCCGGCGGAGACGCCGGCGAUCCGGACAUCUACAUGACCGGGCACUUUGUGCCGCUGGUGAUCACCGACGGCACCAACACCAUCGACUGGGACACCUUCGAGCGGCUGGCCAGCGGACAGGCAUCCCAGCAGCAGCAGCAGCAGCAGCAGCAGCAAUCGCAAUCGCAGUCUGGAGAGGAUGUGGAGGAGCUGGGAGGGGAACCGGACGUGGAGAAGCGGGCCUGGAAGAGCAUGAACGUGGCCUGGGGCAAGCGGCGGCAGGCGCAGGGCUGGAACAAGUUCAGGGGGGCAUGGGGCAAGCGGGAGCCGACCUGGAACAACCUGAAGGGCAUGUGGGGCAAGCGCGACCAGUGGCAGAAGCUGCACGGCGGAUGGGGCAAGCGCUCGCAGCGCUCCCUGCCCGCCAACUAAUCCGUGACGGGAGCAUCAACUAAUCCAACUGUAUCUAACCGUAUGUAGCAUGUGUGUUUCCUCCUCCGCGGAGGAGGAGGAGUUCCGUUCUCAGUGUCCAAGGGGAAUCCCGCUCUCCCGAUCUCCCGGGCCACCGAAAGUCAAUUCCGAAAAUGUAUGAAAGCGCUCGCCAGUCGCCGGAUCUUUGGCGGUCCCAUCGAUCCGGAUCAGCCAGUAUUAUACGCACUAUACGCACUAUAUCUGCGUGUCUAGUCAACUAUCCCUAUCCCAAACAAUCCCUAGCAACUAGUCUCCAAGUAUACCUACAAGAGGAUCCUUCGGAAGAAGCCUACUCUAAUCUAGAAACGUUAACUAAGUUAAUGGAUUGUGCAUAUACAUUUAUACCUAACUAUACAUCAAUACCUUACGAAUGGCAACUAUCAAUAUUAAAUACAAGAACGUUGAAAGUCACAAAAA